GUAUGACAAACGCGACAUUUUUGUUAUUCUAUCUAAAUUUUUCUUGCAAAUAAAACGUAAAAGGAAUUUAUUAUGUGAAAGAUAAUUUGGAAGUAAAAUCAAUUAUGUCAGCUUCAAACGUUUUAAUAGGUGGUGGAACAGGAUUUAUAGGUAGUCGUCUCUGUAACAUUUUAAAGAAUAAAGGUUAUGGAAUUACCGUUGUUUCACGUAUGCCUGGGAUUCAAAAUAUCUCCUGGAGUGAUUUACACGCAAAAGGUCUUCCUAAAGAUACAACAGCUGUAGUUAAUUUGGCUGGUCAAAAUGUCAUGGAUUUCAGGAGGCGAUGGACACCGGGAUUUAAACAGAAUGUUUUUACUUCAAGAAUUAAUACGACAAUUUCAUUGGCCAAAAUGAUUAACGAAGCACAACAGAAGCCAUCAGUAUUUGUCACAAUAUCAGGAGUUGGUGUUUACAAACCUAAUCAAGAAAAAGAAUAUACUGAAGACUCGAAAUGCGAGGAAUUUGAUUUCUUUUCUAAAUUAUGCAAAAAUUGGGAAGAGGCUGCUGAUUUGAAUGUUGAGGCUAGGAAUUGUUGUCGAACUGUCACUAUACGCAGUGGUGUAGUAUUAGGGAAGGAGGGAGGUAUGAUCAAACAACUAUAUCUCCCAUUUUAUUUGGGUUUAGGAGGACCUGUUGGAAAUGGCUCACAAUUUAUGCCUUGGAUUCAUAUAGAUGAUUUAAUAAAUCUUAUAGUUUAUGCCAUUGAAACUCCAAAGGUUGAAGGAAUACUCAAUGGUGUCGCACCUCAGCCUUGCACAAAUAAAGAUUUUUCCAAGGCCUUUGCAAAAGCACUUCGACGACCUGCUUUUGUACCGCUUCCAAGUUUUGUUCUAAAUCUAUUAUUAAAUAAGGAGAGAGCCGUUAUGAUCACAGAAGGACAAAAAGUUUUGCCAAAGAAAACACAAGCUGUGGGAUUCAAGUAUAAAUAUCCCGAUAUAGAAUCGGCGUGCAAGGCUAUCGUGAGUGAAAAAUGAAGUACUUCCUAUGUAUUAAUAAUGAAAAGGCUGAAAUAUCGUUUCCAAUGCAAUAAUUAUAUUUAUAUGUAGAAAUAACUUACAUUGUAUUAUUUAUUAUGUACUUAAUAAAAAAUUUAAAAAUUA